AUGUCGAUGGGAGAGCAUGAAGUUCGGUGUACUCAAAGGAAGUUAUUGUCGGAAAUUCUUGCAAACGAACUACCGAGUGGUACCAUCAGGUACUCUUCCAAGGUGGUGUCCUUUGAGGAUUCUGGUCAUUUCAAGUUGGUUCAUCUUGCUGAUGAAACCAUCCUCAAAACCAAGGUGUUGAUUGGAUGUGAUGGAGUAAACUCGGUGGUGGCAACAUGGUUAGGUUUCAGCAAGCCAUCGUUCGUGGGCCGGUCAGCCAUUAGGGGUUUUGCAGAAUUUGAGAGCAGUCAUGGCUUUGGGACCAAGUUCUGGCGGUAUGUUGGGAAUGGUGUUAGAACAGGGUUCAUCCCCUGUGAUGAUCACACUGCUUAUUGGUUCACGUCGAUUUUUCAUUUUCUCUUCAAUUCUUUUCUUACGUCAUUUAAGUCCUCAUCAUUCUAUGAACUUAAAGAUGGUGUGUCAUUAUUUAAAUGA